AGUUUAUCUUAUAUUUAUGACUAAAUAAUCUAACCUAAUCUAACCUUACCUGACUCGAGUCAUAUAAAUUUCGCGCCAGUUUUCCGUCGUGAUUCUUUUCUACAUAUAUUUUGAUUGACUAGAUCUUUGUUGAUUUUUGUUUAAGCUAAUAACACGCACAGUUUAUGUAUUUUUUUAAUGUACACUGGUAAUAUUAUUUCAAAUGAUCUUUAAAUAAACAGGAAAUCUGUAAUAAUAACUUAACAAUUCCAAGUGGUAUAUGUAUAACCUUAUAUAGACAUAUACACAUUUGUGUUAAAAAUAUUACAAUGGGUGAUGUGUCAGAUUUACUCGAUUUAUUACCAGUUUAUUAUUCAAGAUUGUUUCCAUUUGCUGAUUAUUAUAAGUGGUUAAGUUAUGGAAAUGCGGCUAUGUUUAGCAAGAGAGAAUUUUCUUUCACACUUUCAGAUGAUAUUUAUAUACGUUAUCAGUCUUUCAAUGAUCAGAAGGGACUGUCGGAUGAAAUUAAGAGAUUACUGCCACAUAAAAUUGAUAUAGGAGCAGUUUAUAAUGUCCAACCAAAAGAUCAAAGAAGAGGUUCUAAUUUUCAGCCAAUAGAGAGAGAAUUAGUAUUUGACAUAGAUAUGACUGAUUAUGAUGAAGUAAGAACAUGUUGUAAAGGAGCAGAUAUUUGUAGCAAAUGUUGGAAAUUUAUGUCACUUGCUUGCAAGAUAUUAGAUAGUGCAUUGAGGUUGGACUUUGGAUAUAAACAUAUUUUGUGGGUUUUCUCUGGCAGAAGAGGUAUUCAUUGUUGGGUAUGUGACUCCGCAGCUCGCACUUUGUCAGGACAAAUACGAGCGGCGGUUGCCGAAUAUUUACAAGUUAUAGACGGAGGUGAAUUUAUGAAAAAAAAAGUACAUCUUGCAGGCGAUAAAAUUCACCAUUCCAUUAAGCGUGCUCUUGAUAUCAUUGAUCCUAUCUUUGUUGAAAUGUGUAUUAAAGAGCAGAACAUAUUGGGUACAGAAGAAGGAAUUGAAAAGUUUCUUCCAAUACUGCCUAAUGAAGAAGAUAGGCAAGAAAUGAAGGUGUUGUUCAACAAAGAGAGUACCAGUGAAGCAAGAUGGCAUGUAUUCGUACAAUAUAUCGAAUCUAAACGAACAGAGGGAGACCGAAAAUGGUACUUAUAUCGUCACUUAAUAGAGGAAGUAAAAUUACAGUAUUCAUACCCAAGAUUAGACAUAAAUGUGAGCAAAGGCUUAAAUCAUUUACUAAAAUCUCCUUUUUGUGUUCAUCCGAAAACUGGCAAAAUCUGUAUACCGUUCAAUGCGAAUGUAGUGGACAAAUUUGAUCCUGACAAAGUUCCUACAAUAAUGACGUUGAUAGAAGAGAUCAACGCAUACGAUCUACGGGACAAAGCUGAAGAAGAAACAUACGAUUUAAAUAAAAAACGAAUAAAAGAUUAUAAGAAAACAAGUCUGAAUAAAUCAUUGCAUAUUUUUCAGGAAUUCUUAAGACACUUGGAAGCUGAACGGCGGGACCAGAGAUUAAAAGGAAAACUUUCAGCUGAUAGCAUGGAAUUUUAAGAAAUUUUAAAAAUGAUAAUACUCUUUUUCUCUCUUUCUUAUCAUUCUUACAUUUGAUAUAAUAAUAUUAUUUAUAAGAUUAAAAUGUACUUCUGUAAAAAUGAAAAAAGAAAAAAAUAUUUUUUAUA